CCGCCCCUCGCGUGGCGUCACUUCCUGCGGCCCGCGCAGAACCGGCAUUAUGGCGGAGCUCGAGGAGCAGCCGCCGCCCGCCGCGGUGCAGAGCGCCAGCCGGAGCGACGGCGGAGAGGAGACCUCGGAGGGCGGGGCCGCGACGAGCCCCCCCGAACCAGGCCCGCCCCCGGCCGGGUCGCCAGGCACCGAGGAGCCCGCGGGAGACGCUAAAAAGAAAAUUGACGUGCUGCUGAAGGCUGUGGGCGACACCCCCAUCAUGAGGACCAAGAAAUGGGCGGUGGAGCGGACCCGGACCAUCCAGGGCCUCGUGGACUUCAUCAAGAAGUUCCUCAAGCUGAUGGCCUCCGAACAGCUGUUCAUAUAUGUUAACCAGUCUUUUGCUCCAUCUCCAGACCAAGAAGUGGGGACCCUCUAUGAGUGUUUUGGAAGUGAUGGCAAGCUUGUACUGCAUUAUUGCAAAACUCAGGCUUGGGGAUGAAUGACUGGCAACACAGUUGGUCAGGUGUUCUCAAAAAUGGAGAGAGAACUAACUUAAACUCAAGCUAUAAACACACAGAAAGAGGAAUUUUUGCAUUGCUGCCUAUGAACAUAUGAUGCAGGUGAAUAGCAUACACAAAGAGCUGGCUAUGCUGUAUGAUCAGUUUUUUUUUCUGAUGUACAUUUGGGGUGCAGAAAAAACACCUGUAUCUGCCAUGCAGGGUAGAGCCAGCACUUUUGCUGCUGACUACUUAAUUGCUGUAUCUGAAGGGAAACUGUUUCAGUUGUCUGCAGGACUGACUGGACAGCACUGACUAUAUGCUGUACUGAAGAUAUGAGAACCUUUUUAUUAAAAGUAAUGUCUGUUGUACAUGUAGCCUGGGAUGCCAUUUACUUCUGAGGUGUUGUGUGUUCUGUCCUUUUUGAAAUUUUCAUCUUGAAUGUGCAUUAUCUCAUAUCAUUUCAAGACAGUAUUUUGAUUUUUUUUUCGUGUAAUAUAUAGGAAUUGGUAUAUAGUCUAAUUACCCUUUGCCUUCAUUAUGUUGGCAAUGUGAGUGCCUCGUUUAUAGUGGCACAGCAUCAGGAGAGGUCUCAGAAUACUUCCCUCGUGCACAAAUUUUGUAGUGAUUUUUUUGAAGGGUCAACACUUAGCAGUUUUUAAGGUGUUUCUUCUGAUGCUAUUUAAUGACUUGCAUCUUUAACUGAAUGAUGCAACUAGCUGUAGCAUCUAGAGUUCAUGAAGAAGUAUAUAUGAGGUGUUAAAAAGUCUGUAUAUUCUCUUUCUGACUGUUGUUAAUUUUCAUGUUUCACUAGCUGUGUAGAAUGCAAUUUAUAUUCUUUUGCCAAAUCAUAGCAGUGAGGAUUGAGUUGAGUUUUUUUUCAUUAUGGAGAGAACUUGGUGCCUUGGCUAGGGUGCUGACCUUUGCUUUUAUGUAUUGGGAGUUUGGGUGUGAGGGAUGGAGAUUUUUAGUGGAGUUAUUUGAAAUGUCUGUUGUACAGUCUUCUAUGUUUGUUUAAGAUGAAACAAAUUAAACAUUAGUUGUGUGCUUGCAGAAUGUUCUUAAGCUGGAUGACAGUUUUUCUCUCUGACAUAAUCCAGUUUAGCACAUACAGCCAAAACAGCCAGUUCUAGUUUAAAGCAGGUUUUUUCAAUAAUAUUGAACUGCCAUUCCAUACAGAAAUGGCUCUUAGGUAGUGUCUGCAACCUGUGUAUUGGAUUUUUUCCCCACCUCAGAGGACUUCUGGAAGAGUAAUACCCAGCUUAAUUUACUGACGUUGCUGCAGUUUGUGUGCAGCAUGCACAUAUACCACAGUUAUGCAGGUACGUGCCCUGAAUGAUUGCUAUGUAAAUAGCUUCAUGUAUCUUGCUGCGUGAUGUAUCAUCUGCUUGAUGUAUCAGUGGAAAACUUGGGUUCACUUCAUUAAACUAACAAGGCAGAAUUUGUUGUAAACUUAAAACUCCAAAUAAUUCAUACUUUUGCCUGCUCAGAACCCUAAUCUCACGAAUCUUCAUCUAUUUAGAAGACCUGUUACAGAGGGAAGCACUCUUAUUUUGUCUGGUUGAGGAAAUUUCCUGCUUAGUUACUGUGGGGCCAGCACAGCCUGGGCAGCCGCUAGAGGGUACACAAGGACAAAGUUAUUUGCAUAGUUUUAUCGAGGGCUUUUUCAAUCUUUUUUGUAGUAUGUCCACAUGCUGGCCUUACAAAUAUAAGUUGUUUGUUCUCCCGUGUGACAGUUGUUUACCUAAGAUAAGCUACUAGUCUGGUUCUCUUAAAAGAAUGUUCUAUUGGUGCCUUUCACCUCACUUGAUCUUAACAAAUGAAACUACUGAUAAACUGCAAAUGUGCUUUUCAGAAGUGAUGCAAGAAGGUUGUGGGGUGUGUGUGUGUAUGUAUUGGGGGCGUUGUGUUUUGAUUUUAAAAAGUAAAAGCACAUUAAGAUCUUGAA